GCCCCAGCGCGGGAGAGGAAAGGGAGCCGGCGAAGGCCCCCGAACAAAUCAAAUCGAAGCGAAGAAACUGCCGGCUUUCAAAAAUCCUCCUCCUCCGCCGCCAUCAUCGGCCGGGGAGAGGCGAGCAGGUGGUGCCGGAGGCAUCGGACCCGCCGAUCGCAGGAGGCCCGCGGGGAGAAGGAGCCCGCUGAGACGAUGACCAUGGCCUCAGAGGACAUCUCCAAGCUCGCAGAGACACUCGCCAAGACCCAGGUGGGAGGAGGACAGCUGAGCUUCAAGGGGAAAAGCCUCAAACUCAACACGGCGGAAGAUGCCCAAGAAGUGAUUCAGGAGAUCGAGGAGUUUGCCGGUCUCGAGGCCCUGCGGCUGGAAGGUAACACGGUGGGCGUGGAGGCCGCUCGGGUCAUUGCCAAGGCUCUGGAGAAGAAAGCGGAGCUGAAGCGCUGUCACUGGAGCGAUAUGUUCACCGGGAGGCUGAGGUCCGAGAUCCCCCCGGCUCUGAUGUCACUGGGGCAGGCGCUCAUCACAGCGGGGGCUCAUCUGGUGGAGCUGGACCUGAGCGACAACGCCUUCGGGCCGGAUGGCGUGCAGGGUUUCGAGGCGCUGCUCAAGAGUUCGGCCUGCUAUACCCUCCAGGAGCUCAAGCUCAACAACUGCGGCAUGGGCAUCGGCGGGGGCAAGAUUUUGGCCGCGGCGCUGACGGAGUGCCACAGGAAGUCCAGCGAGCUGGGUAAGCCGCUGGCUCUGAAGGUGUUUGUGGCCGGCAGGAACCGCCUGGAGAACGACGGGGCCACCGCCCUGGCAGAAGCGUUUGGAAACAUCGGGACCCUAGAAGAGGUGCACAUGCCCCAGAAUGGGAUCAACCACCCCGGGAUCACGGCCCUGGCCCAAGCCUUCGCCAUCAGCCCCCUGCUCCGGGUCAUCAACCUGAACGACAACACCUUCACCGAGAAAGGAGCCGUCGCCAUGGCCGAGACCCUGAAGACGCUGCGGCAGGUGGAGGCGAUCAACUUCGGCGACUGCCUGGUGCGCUCCAAGGGCGCCGUUGCCAUCGCCGAAGCGGUGAAGAUGGGACUGCACAAGCUGAAGGAGCUGAACUUGUCCUUCUGUGAGAUCAAGCGCGAUGCCGCCCUGGUUCUCGCCGAAGCCGCCGAGGACAAGUCGGAGCUGGAGAAGCUGGAUCUCAAUGGAAAUGCCCUGGGGGAAGAGGGUUGUGAACAGCUCCAGGAGAUCCUCGAGGGCUUCAACAUGGCACAUGUGCUCGCUUCCCUCAGCGACGAUGAGGGGGAUGAUGACGAAGAGGAGGAUGAUGGGGAGGAAGAUGAGGAGGAGGAUGAAGAGGAUGAGGAGGAGGUGGAAGAAGAGGAGGAAGAGGAGGAGGAGGAGGAGGAGGAGGAAGAGGAACAGCAGCGAAGCCAGGAAGAUCAGAAGUCAACACCUAAGAAAAUUCAAGGGACCCAGGUUGGGGUGAGAAUAAUUGCACAAGCUGUUGAAACCAAGGAACCUGCCCCUGUGAUCUGCUCUCCUCCUCCAGUGGACGUCUCCACGUUCCUGGCUUUCCCAUCCCCAGAGAAACUACUGCGCCUCGGGCCCAAGAGCCCGGUUUUGAUUACCCAACAGACAGACACGUCCGAUCCAGAAAAGGUGGUCUCGACGUUUCUGAAAGUCUCGUCUGUGCUCAAGGAUGAUGUGUCGGUGAAGACUGCGGUGCAAGAAACCAUCGACGCCUUGAUGAAGAAGGCCUUCAGCACCUCCACCUUCAACUCUGACGCCUUCAUCACCAGCCUCCUGGUGCACAUGGGCUUGCUCAAGAGUGAAGACAAGAUCAAGGCUAUCCCCAAUCUCACAGGCCCUCUGAUGGCCCUGAAUCACGCGGCCCAACAGGACUAUUUCCCCAAGUCUCUGGCCCCAGUUCUCGUGGCUUUUGUGACCAAGCCCAACCAUGCCCUGGACUCCUGCCCCUUGGCCCGCCACAGCCUUCUGCAGACUCUCCACCAAGCCUAGGCCGAGGCGGGGGCCGAGACCUCCCCGGCUCCCUGAACUCUUUAUGAACUGGCUGGUCCUCGCGAGGCCCCAGCGGCCUCAGCCUCUCCCCCACUCCCACCACAGCGCUCAACUCUCCGUCUUACAGAAGUUGCUCGGACUGGAGGCUCUCCUCCCCCGUCCCUUUCCCCAGGGGAUGACUGUACAUCUAUGAGUGUCCUUGUAUGUGUGGUUUUUUUUGUGUGUGGGUGUGUGUCCAAGGAUUUUUGUCUGAUUUUUAAGUGGACUUCUUGACCUGCUGUGGGGAAGGUUCUCUGGAACCUUCUCCAGCUCAUCCCAUUGCCCUCCCUUGGCCAUCCCCCUGGACUCGAGCAGAGUCCCCCUGCCUCCAUCCCCCGACCACGGCUUCGUCGGGCUUGGGGCCACGUCUUCCCCUUCCCCCCCAGCUUGUGCAUCACCUCAACCCCACUGCCCGGCCCGGCCCACCUCAGGCCGGUCCCUCUGUUCAUGAGGACACUCUGCUCUCUGGCCCAGCAGGGGCCAUUGCCAUGUUGGUGGGCGGGGGGGUGGCCGUCGGAUUUAAUUUCAGGGUAAGAGGAUGAUUUCCAUCCCUUCUCAUUUCUCCCUUAGUCAACACGUGACUGUCUGAACGUUGCACUGUUCCCCUCCCUCCCGCUUGGAUCAGGUGUGGCUGGCUGCAUCUGCCCUGGCAGGCUUCCUUUCCCUUCCCACUUCUGCGAGCGCUUGAGCGGGGCCCAAGCAUCCCAAACCCUUCAGGAAGGCCCCGUCCCCCCACACCCUCCAGUUCGUGCUGGAUGACUGGCAGGCAGCCAGCUGGGGGGGGCCGACCGGACCCCCACCUCCCCGACCCCGGAUUGCCACGCUUUGAUCCGGUGCCUCCUUGCGGCUCCUUUUCAAGACCGGGCCCCAGCCGCUUGCUGCGCCCACCUCGGUGGUGCUUUACACAUCUUCCACCGGCCUGCCCCGGCCCGCCCCUGCUCCCCACCUUCCCCCCGCCUCGGCUGAAGAGCCGGGCUUGGACACGCUGAGCCCGAGUGGGCUGGUGUGAGUUGGGGGAAGGAGGGAUAGGGUGGAGGGCCACCCCUUCCCCACCCGCAGUUGCCAUCAGGCUACAGGUGGAGGGGGACAUGGCUUUUUAACUCAGUUGUACCAGAGCAUACUUUAGGGUGGCGGCAUAACUAUCAAUAAAGUUAACUGGGAAGGUCCCCUCCCCUGAUUGACCAUCUGG